CCUCACGGUGCCUACUAAUGCUGUCUCUGUUAUUAGGUGAGGAAGGAGGAGCCAAUUUAAGAGCAAUGACAUUCCUUUGAAAGUUCAUGGAACUUUCCCAGCUACGGGCCAUCUCUCUCUCUCUGUUUCUUACAAGUGAAGCAAAGAAAUUGAGUGAAAGUUUUCUUUGUUUUAAUUCAUUGUGCCAUCACGGUUCUGCAGAACUGUCAUAGAAGCAAACAUCACUCACUUUCACCACCACCUUAUUCCAACCAUUUUAAUUUUGAUAAUUGCGGGUUGGUUCUAUAUAUAAAUAAAUAUAACAAACAGAUAAAAGAAUACUGCAUUGUGUAAGAACAGAGCAUGGAGAUGAAUUGCCUGGUUUGAGCUCUCAAAGCAACAACAGAGGAGACCAAUCGAGGACACAAGUUGAUUUCCGAUUUGGAGGGAGGGGCCGGAAGCAUGUCCGGCAAUGAAAAGACAUCGUCAGGUCCGACGGCAACGACAACGACGAGAGCAGUGGCAUCGGGCUCUAAUAGUGAACGCAGAAAUGGAUCCACAGGUCGCCAAGUUGAGAGGCUGAACGACAGGUUGAGAGCUCUUGAGGAGGAACAUCAUGUUGCAAAACGAGAUUUCUGUAAGAGCCUCCAUGAAAUCAACAAGUUGAUGACUGAAAUACGCCACCACUUCCACUUCCACUUCCUCCACCACCAAUCCAGAGUUGGAGUUGUCCAUCGUCUUCAUCAGCAUGGAAUUGGAAUUGGAAUUGGAAGAGGAAGAGCUGCAGGGAGUGGAAAGGCGCAAACAGGUGCAGUAGUCAUGAUCAGAGACCUAAGAGCUGCCAGGGAAGAAGGAAGCAACAUAGCAGCAGUAUGUCAAUGACCAUAAGGAUUCCUCAGCGGACUAGUUAGUACUCUUCCCCUUCUAGAAUUUGUUUGAAUGUGGCAACAACUUCAAUCCAUCUCUGUUUAUGUUGGCAAGAGUGGACCUAUUUUAGGGCACCGAGGUGGCCUGGCCAUGGCCUCCCAAUUAUUUCUAAAUAAUUUUUUUUAGAAUUUUACCAUUAUUGACCUCCAACUAAAGUCAAAAUCCUAACAAAAGCAUAUAAUUAUCCUAAUAUUAAAAUUUUGCCACCCUAAUCUUUGUUUUACCUUGAGCUGACUAUUGUUGUUCUCCCACUUUUAUAUGGUUUUGUUGAUGUUCUUUUAUCUUUGGCCCGCAUGUUUGAGGCUGUUUUAAUUUUAGUUUUUUUUUUUUUUGUGUGAGUGAAUUCUUUUGUAUCUUGUUUCUUAGUGGGAUAUGCCCCAACUUGUUUGUACAUUUUUUUCCUGUUAAUAUAUUUUAUUUACACAAAAAAAAUGUCUUCUAAUAAAAUCCUAAGAAUUAUUAUAUCAAUUUUAGUACAGUGGAAGAGCCACCACCGGUUCAGUUGCCCGUCAAGGUUUUCUAUGAAGUUGUUAGUUA